CACAAUGGCAUUUGAUCCCUCGAGUGGAAACGUAAUGCUUUGUUGUGAAGCUGGGCUUUGACAGCUCCGGAGUUACGACAAUGCCAUUAUCCAGCAACUCAGAGCAUAUAGUCUUGUGCCAUGCUGCUCCUUACCGUCAAUCUGGAUCUGGCAUUUCAUCCCUGCGCAACACAGAUGGCGACAACCACCAGCGAACAGACCGUUGACUUUGUGGCGCUAGCGCGUGCACACUUUCAGCAAAGCCACAAUGAGUUAGGGCUACUUGGAGCAGGUGUGUUCGGGAAGGUAUACUUGGCGCAGAGGAAGGUCGCUAAUGACAGGAGCAGUGUUUCUAACGCAGCGAACCCUGGUGACCGACGUUGCAGGUCUGCAAAUCCACUUGUCGUUGUGAAGUACGCCAAGGACUACAAUGCCUCGUCCGUCAGUCUCAAGACCGAGAUCAAGGUACUCAGCGCUUUGCCGGGUAGCCAUUGUGGCAUCGCGCAAAUCCUCGACUGUUACGUCGACGGCAGGACGCUGUGGUUCACAACGCCGUGGGCAAGCGGAGGCGACCUGUCGAACCUCACGCUUCACUACCCGCACGCAAUUACGACCCCUGCGAUCUGGCAUAUCUGCCUGCAAGUCACGAACGCCUUAAUGUACCUGUACUUCGGCAUCGCAACUGAUACCUUCGCCCUGCCAGGGUCCCUGCGGCCGCAGAAAGGCUGGCCGGGUAUCGCUCACCAAGAUCUCCACCUCGGCAAUAUUCUUGUCAAGCCUGCGCGGCAUGUUCACGGCUUCGACAUUGUCAUCACGGACUUCGGCAACGCGAUGUUCUUCGAACCGCAUUCCGUGAAGACGGAGGUGCCGCUAUACUGUAUCAGAGAGCAGACGUCUGACUUCAUCUACUUCGGGAGCUUCGGAGUCGGCGAGCUCUACAGGGCUGAUGAGAGGGCGGGCAGUCCGUCUUCAGACCUCGUGUUGGCGGGAUGCAUCCGUGACUUCCAACGAAUGUACGAGGAUGAGUUCGCUGAGGAUGUCCCCAGUCGCGACACGCUCCAUGCACUCAUGCGGGAAUUUAGACGGACUGCUGAGGCGAGGGAGAUGAUGGAUGCUGCUCCUCUGCCUGCGGAUGCUGCGGUCUACAUACAAGGUGCACAUCUGCUUCAGCAAGCUACAAGCGGAGACUCGAGCGACUAGGGAUGUGACAGCAGAUGGUUGCCGACCAUGGUGGGUUACAAGUUCUUAGUUCGCAUCAGAGAAGUGUAUGGAAGCAUUCCAAACCGUUUAAACCUUCAGAAGCCUUUUCCAC